UCCUCUUCCGGCUCACCGGAUGGGGAGGGGUGUAGGCAUAGUGGCGGCUGUCCAGACGUUCUUCCCAGGAUCCAAGCAGCAGCAUCGGCAACAUCUGGACGGCAAGCUCAGGACAGGUCGGAGGAGAGGCCGAGAGCAAACAAAUGAGGAUGCCAAGAAGAUGCCAAGUGAGAUCAAAAGCAGAACUAAAAAGGGAAAUGAAUCCAUCCUGCAAUUAAAAUCCUUCCAAUUCCUCCAGAAAACAACAAAACACUUCUCCUUCCCCAGCACCUGAUGGAUAAGAGAAAUAGUAGCUGAAGAGACUGUAAACCUGGGAAAAAAAUUGAGUAUGUGGAGCUCAUACUCAAUGAUACACUCUACAAAAAGGUCAAGGGAAAAGGUUAUUUGCAAAUUCAGAAAAAGAUGGAAGUACCUGGAAAUCAAUGGAGAGGACAGUUGGAUAACCAGGUGUGGCAAGCAGUCAUGCAAGACUCGCUCUGUGAAGAAGGAAAGAGUAGCUUGAAUGAAAACAUCAUCCAAGAAGGGAUCCAACAUAUUUUUGACCUCCCCAAUAAACCAAGAAUAUCAGUGGUGGAAAAGCCCCACGGAGCUACAGGUGGUGAGGAUAGUAUGGAUUGCAAAUCGCAACUGAUGGUGCAUGAAAGUAUCCACGUUAGAGAAAAGCGAAAUAUAUGUUCUACAUGUGGGAAAUUGUUUUGCUACAGCCCACGCCAUUUUGAGGAUAAAAUGACACUCACCGAAGGGAAUACGUACCAAUGCUCGGAAUGUGACAAGAACUUUUGCAAGGACGCCACCCUAGCAAUACACCGGAGGACUAACACAGAGGAGAAACAGUAUGUAUGUCUGGAUUGUGGGAAAACUUUCAAUCGUAAUUCCCACCUGGUGAUACACCAAAGGACUCACACAGGAGAGAAACCUUAUGAGUGUCCAGAUUGCGGGAAAAGUUUCAGUCGGAAGUCCAACUUGUUGAUACAUAAGAGAAUUCACACAGGGGAGAAACCAUAUAGCUGUCAGGAUUGUGGGAAAAGUUUCAGCCGGAAUUCUAACCUGGUGACACACGAGCGGACUCACACAGGAGAGAAACCAUAUGAAUGUCAAUAUUGUGGUAAAUGUUUCAGCCAAAAUUCCCACCUUGUGAUACACCAGAAGAUUCACACUGGAGAGAAACCAUAUGAGUGUCUGGAAUGUGGGAAAAGUUUCAGUUGGAAUUCCCAUCUGGUAAUACACCAAAGAACACAUACUGGUGAGAAACCAUAUGGGUGUCCUGUUUGUGGGAAAACUUUCAGCCAGAAAUCUGAUCUGAUGAUGCACCAGAGGACUCACACGGGGGAGAAACCAUAUAAAUGUCCUCUUUGUGGGAAAACUUUCAAUCGGAAUUCCCACCUGCUGAUACACCAGAAUACACACACCGGAGUGAAACCAUAUGAAUGUCUAGAAUGUGGGAAAACAUUCAGUCAGAGUUCCCACCUGUUGAUACACCAGAGGUCUCACACAGGAGAGAAACCAUAUGAGUGUCAGGAAUGUGGGAAAGGUUUCAGUACUAGGUCUAACCUUAUAAAUCAUUUAGGUUUGCACACAGGGGAGAAACCUUUCAAAUGCCUAGAGUGUGGACGGUGCUUUACACAAUAUUCCUGCCUUGCUGCACACAAAAAAAUCCACAUGAGGCAGAAAGCGAUGACCGUAGAGAAGUCUACCUCAGACUCUUCACAAAAAAGAUCAGAGUGGGUCGUUUCUAAAUUCAGAAAAAGAGGGAAACUUCUAGAAAUCAGUGGGGGUGGAAGGAGUCCCUUGUUUAGCCACAUAGGCCAAAUAAUCAUGCAAGCCACCUCGCCCUGUGAAGAAAGAAAGAGCAGCUUGAUUCAAAACAGCAUCGAAGAAGGGAUCCAAAAUAUUUUCGACCUCCAGAAUCCAGGAAUAUCAUUGGUGGAAAAGCACCUCAGAUGCGGAUAUUGUGGGGAAAGGACAGAUUGCAGAUCAGAGUUGAUGAUGCAUGGGAAGACCCAUACCGGAGAAAAUCUCUCCCAGUGUCCCCAAUGUGGCAAGUGCUUUAUCAAGCACGCUACUCUAGGGAUACACAAGAGAAGUCAAAUGGCAGACAAGCCGUACGAGUGUCUGGAUUGUGAGAAAACUUACAGCAGUAAUUCAAGCCUGUUGAUAAACCAGAGGACUCACGCAGGAGAGAAGCUGUAUUUUUGUCCAGAUUGUGGGAAAAGUUUCACUCGGAAUUCCCACCUGGUGAUACACCAAAGGACUCACACAGGAGAAAAACCAUAUGAGUGUCCUGACUGUGGGAAAAGUUUCAGUCAGUAUUGCCACUUGGUGAUACACCAGAGGACUCACACGGGAGAGAAACCAUACGAAUGUCUUGAUUGUGGAAAAGCUUUCAUUCAGAAUUCUGACCUGGUGAUACAUAAGAGGACUCACACAGGAGAGAAACCAUAUGUGUGUUUGGAUUGUGGGAAAAGUUUCAGUCGGAAUUCCUACUUGGUGGUACACCAUCGGACUCACACAGGGGAGAAACCGUACGAGUGCCUGGAAUGUGGAAAGGCUUUUGGUCGAAAUUCCGAGCUGAUGAUACAUAAGAGGACUCACACAGGAGAAAAACCAUAUGAAUGUCCAGAUUGUGGGAAAAGUUUCAGUCAGAAUUCCCACCUGGUGGUACAUCACAGGACUCACACAGGGGAGAAACCAUAUGAGUGUCCGGAUUGUGGGAAAGGUUUCACUACUAGGUGUAAACUUAUAAAUCAUGUAGGUUUACACACAGGGGAGAAACCUUUUAAAUGCCCAGAGUGUGGACGGUGCUUCACACAUCAUUCUUGUCUUACUGCCCACAAAAAAAUUCACAUGAGACAAAAGGUGAUUCGUGUAGAGAAGGCUUGAAUUUAAUUUCUGAUCUUCUAUUGGAAAUGCAGCUGAGAAGUUAACUGUUUGAUUUCUUUCCUGAUUCACUUUAGUCAAAAGAUGCCUCAGUAUUAGAUAAGAGUGAGGAGAGAAAACAAAUGGAAAAUAUUAGUUUGAUUAAGACUAGCUAACUGUAUAUGGCUAUCAAUAGAUGUUACUACCAGUAGAUACUUACUUUUCAAGAAAUAUUUUUUUAAGAAAUAUUUGCUUUCAAGAAAUAGUGCAAUCGCUGCAAUAAAUAUUUUGUGUGUUG